AUGGAGUAUAGCACCUCUAUCGGACAUGACGCCACUUCAAGUGGCGUUUCAGAACCUGAGUUUAUGCAACUGCAAUCGUCUGACCAUCCGGGAAUGGUGAUGGUAUCAGCAUUAUUCACCGGGAACAACUACUUCGCUUGGAGUAGGGCUAUUAAGAGAGCCCUUACAGCGAAAAUGAAGCUCGAUUUCAUCGAAGGGACUGCUAUACGACCUCCAGUUAACAGUGAUGAGUUCAAACGUUGGAAUCGCAUUGAUUCCAUGGUCACUACCUGGGUUCUAAACUGCAUGACAAAGGAAUUGGCGGAGUCUUUCAUGUACGUGGGAUCUUCACGUGAACUUUGGAUUGAGCUAGAAGCGCGGUAUGGAGAAAGAUGCACCUGUAACGUUAACAAAGCAGUGGACGACUUGAAUGCCUCUAAUCAUUUGAUGCAAUUUCUGGUUGGGUUAAAUCCAAUUUAUGAGCAAGCUCGCAGUCAGAUUUUACUUCUGGAACCAUUACCUACAGUGACUAAAGCAUACUCUAUGUUGCUCAGAAUGGAGAAGCAGAUGCAAGUUAACAUAAGUAAUGUGGACAAUGGUGCUGCAUUCCAAGCUAGGGGGCAGAAUUAUAGAAAGAAAAACUUUGCUGAUAAGAAAACCAUGGUGUGCGAUCAUUGCCAGAAGGCAGGGCAUACAAGGGACUCAUGUUUUAAACUGCUUGGAGUACCAGAUUGGUACAGAGACAUGACUGAACAGAGAAAGAAAGCUGGAGGAAGGGGGAAAGGUUUCAUUGCUCAAAUGACUGAUGAGGCUAGUUUGACGAUGGAUGAAAGCAAGCACUCUAACCUGGCUGACUUAGUGCGUAUGGAGAUGAAGAAGUAUAUGAAGGAGGAAAUACCACUUGAUCCUUUAAAGAUCAACUAUGCACAACUCGACAAUUUUGCAGGUAGUAGUGCAAUUUCUGCCUCUGAUCUUUCUAGUUCUUGGAUAAUAGAUAGUGGUGCAACACAUCACAUAUGUGCAGAUUUCAAACUGUUCCAUUCUUACACUAAACUCACUAAUCCAAUGAUCAUACACCUGCCUAAUGGACACUCACAAUCAGUUUCACACAUUGGCUCAUUGCAUCUUUGUUCCGAAAUCGAAUUGACCCAAGUCCUUCAUAUUCCUUCAUUCUCAGACCAGAAGACUAAUAGAGUUCUCGCUACGGCACACUUGAUUAGAAACCUUUACAUUUUAGAAUCAGUUUCUGUACCUACAAAACCUGCGUCUCUUACCUGUACUCCUUACUCUUGCAUUGCUGAUUUGAAUCAAUCUGACCUUUGGCAUCAGAGACUUGGACAUUUGUCCCAUAAUUCCAUAAAGCAUAUUGGAGCCUAG